AUGCUGAGUGCACCCGGAGUCGACUUUCAAGGUGGUGACUUUUGUACCCUUGAAAGUGAUGACACCUUACGUUCUCAUCACUUUGGCAAAGGAGAUGCGCUGGUGUUUCUCUCGCACAAGGCGCACUGUGUUCAGCCAGUGACCUCUGGUCGACGUCAGACUUUGGUCAUGGAACUGUGGGAAGGUGAAGAGAGAUGUUGCAACCAUCGUUGUCAUCAACGCUGGGGCGAGUGCAGAGAAGAUGAAGUGCAGCCUGUGAAGGCAGAUCCCACCCGCGUGCUGCAAGAUGGCCCACGGCUUUUUGCGGCCACGGCCUUCGAGGGCAUUGCUUUCUUUCCGAAGGUUGGCCAGAUCUUGCGUCAAAGCCUUCAGAAACCAAAGAGUGCUUGCAAUGUGGAGGUCGUUUUCGAAGAUGCACGGCCUGUGGCAUCGGUCCGGGCUACGCGAAAAAUUCAAAGAGGUGAGUUGCUUGUGCUGAAGUGA